AAACUAGUUGCCAACAGCUUUUCACAGUUUGAUCAAUUUCGCUUUCGAUGUAAUCAGACAACCUGUGAGCAUUAUUCGAUUAUGCACCCUCAGGGCAUGUAAGCAACACUUGAAAUGCAUUACGCUGGUUCGUUACAAAGUGCGUUAUGGAAGCAGUGGCCAGGCUUCCGUGUUGGCGGACUUAGAUUAUGUAUUUGGAUCAAUUUUUGUAAAUAGUGCGUAACCUUGAAUAAUGGGCUCGCUGAGAGGUGAAAAUAUGACCCAGUCGGAUGAGCAAGUAAUCCUGUUUCUAACAGUUUUUAUUGUAUAUAAAACCGAAGACCAUCCCAACAGACAUCACAAAUCACCUUGCAUUCAGCAAAUUAACAAUCGUUUCCAUUUUUAAUUUGUGCAAUAUUCCAAAUAAUCUCAACAUGAAGUUCGUUAUUGCCGUAGUCAUGUUAUCCCUCGCUCUUGGAGCACAAUCAGGACUUCUGCGUCUUCCGUACUUGGCUUCACCUCUGCCGUACACCGUUGUCAGUGGUCCUCGCUGGGUGGCUGCCCCCGAAAGGUCCAUCGCUGUUCAUGCCUCUCUACACCCUGUCCCCAUCGUUUCAACUUAUGCUGCUCCUGUCGUCACUACCUAUCAUUCAGUACCCAUUCCUGCUCAAGGAGAUUAUAUAGCAAAAACACGAGGAUCACUCCACGUUGCUCCAUUGCCAGGACAUAUCAACUCAGUUAGAUCGAUCAACUUGGAACCUGCACCAGGAACUCUAUAAACGAUUGGAAAGGAUAAAAUUAGUCCUGGGACCAAACAGUUAAUUUUUUGAGCACUGAUUGUUGGGUGCUAUGAAAUAAAGAAUAAAUAAUGCUACA